AUGGAUGUGCUGGGAAUUAGUCCGAUGAAAACCCAGAAACAGUUUAAGAGAAGCAGAAGAAACAAGGGAGUAAAAGUGGUGUACAUAUCGAGCCCGAUGAAGGUGAAAACGAGCGCGUCGGAGUUCAGAGCUCUUGUCCAGGAGCUCACCGGAAGAAACUCCGAUGCCGAGCGUUUUAUGGAGGAGAUUAAUGGCGUCGGAAUCAACACCGCCAAUCUCGAUGAUCAGGAUCAGCAUCAGAUGAUGAUGAAGAGUGGAUCAGUUGAAGGCGGCAGCCAUGAAAGUGACCACUACAAUUUCAACAUCAACAGCUCGUCGGAGUACUCAUCGUUACCGGAGUACUCACCGUUACCUCCAUUUGCAGGCAUUUGGGAAUGA